UUAGUACUAUUUUAGUAUUACCACAUUAAAUUAAAUACUAUAAAAAAUACCAGUAGCGGAUUAUGGAGCGGUGUUAAUCUUUCGAAUGCUCAAUCUCCGUUCUGGGUUCUGUUCUGGUUAAUUUUUCUCGGCCGGCAUUUGGGAUUUGAGGACGUGGGUCGGUCUCGGAUUGCAUGCCAGGUUUUCGUUGAAGGAGGACGUGGGUCGGUCUCGGAUUGCAUGCUAGGUCUUCGUUCAAGGAGGACGUUAUGAAGAAGAAGACAGGGAAAAGGACUGUAAACAAGGAAGAGAUCUGUGAGGAUUGGUGCUUUGUUUGCAAAGAUGGUGGAUUGCUAUUUACUUGCGACUACAAGCAGUGUCUAAAAGCUUAUCAUGCUCGAUGCGUGGGAAAGGAUGAACUAUUUUUCGAUUCCGGGAACCGCUGGAGUUGUGAAUGGCAUUCUUGCUUAAUUUGCCACAACCGCUCAAAGUUUCAUUGCUUUUGCUGCCCGAAUGCUGUGUGCAAACGCUGCAUGAUUAAUACGAAGUUUUCAUGUGUUAGAGGGGAAAAAGGAUUCUGCAAUCACUGCUUAAAGCUUGCCCUACUUUCAGAAGAGAACGUUGAUGUUGACUCUGAUGGGGAACAGGUAGACUUCAAAGAUCGAGACACAUAUGAGGGCUUAUUCAUGGAAUAUUGGGAGAUAAUCAAGAAGCAAGAAGGCUUGACUUUGGAGGAUCUUCGUUUUGCCUAUGCUCAACUGAAGAAGGGUGAAAACAUUAAGUCUGACUAUGUAGUCGAAUCUGAGGAGGAUGAAGAUAUUCAAUUAAGAUCUGAUUACGAGGAUGAAGAUGAUGUAGAGGAACGCAAACCAAUGAAGAAAAUAAAGAAAUCCAAAGGGCAGCAACUUGUGAUGAAAAGGAAGGUAGUGUCGAAUAAAAGAGAGUUCAUCGGUUGGGGUUCAAAAUCCCUCAUAGAUUUUCUUGCAUCAAUAGGUAAAGACACAAGCACAGAAUUAUCACAAGUGCAGGUGUCUAGUAUCAUUACUGCAUAUAUCAACGAAAACAGGCUCUUUGACUCUGAGAGAAAAAGGAAGAUUUUAUGUGAUGAUAGACUGAAAUCUGUUUUGGGGAGGAAAACAGUGAACCGGAAUAAAAUACAUGACCUCCUGGAGCCUCAUUUUGUCAACAACCUAGAGCCAUCAGAGGAUGAAUUUGAAUACAGCUCAGAAGAUAAGGAUGAAAAUGUGUUGGUGGCCUGUAAAAAGCAGAAAAAAUUGAGUACAUGUAGGAAAAUCCAGGAAAAAGAGGAGGUGUAUAAUGCUCCGCAGAGCUGUUUUGCUUCCAUCACUUCUGAAAACAUUAAGCUUGUCUACCUGAGGAGGAGCCUAGUGCAGGAGCUAUUGAAGCAACUUGGAAACUUUGAAGGCAAGUUACUAGGAAGCUUUGUCAGAGUCAGAUCAGAAUUCAUUGACUUUACUCAGAGAAGUUCUUUUCAGCUUCUGCAAGUCACAGGAAUGAGGAAGGUAACCAUGGGGGAAACCAAGACAGAAAUUCUUCUCCAAGUUCCAAAUAUGUCAAUCGACGUAGGUGUUGAUAUGCUUUCAGAUGAUAACUUUUCCGAGGAAGAAUGCGAUGAUUUAAGACAAAAAGUGAAAGACGGGCUACUAAGAAAGCUUACUAUAGUGGAGCUUGAGCACAAGGCCAAAAGUCUGCAUGAGGACAUAACAAACCAUUGGAUCAAUAGACAGCUGGCUUUAUUGCAAAACCUCAUUGAUCGUGCAAAUGAGAAAGGUUGGAGAAGAGAGCUGUUUGAAUACAUGGAGAGAAGAAAGCUACUUCAGACACCAGAAGAGAAGUCACGGUUGUUAGAAACUGUUCCCAGGGUGAUUGCAGAUGUAGCAGAGGUUGAAUCUAUGUCCAACGAUGCCAUUAAAGAAUCUAAACAGGAAGAUGGAAGCUCACCGAAAUCCAUCCUCAUGGAGAGUUUAGAAUCUCCUGGUGAUGAUAGGGGAGGCAGUGGAAUUCCUUCAGGUAUUACAGAUGCUGGAGGAGAUAGAGCUGUCACCAACAGCAACUAUGAUUUUUGGAAUUUUGGAUUCAGUUCUGCUACUUGUGGAAAUGGAAAUGCACAAGGAACACAGCAGGAGAACAUUGGAAGCAAUAUAAAAGUUGCAGAAGGGAAUGAACAGACAUGCUGUGCAUCCAUUUCAGAAGCAAAGCAAAGUCCUGCUACCGAAACGUGUAUUAUAGAAGAACAGCCUUGCCUGAUUACUUCUGAAGAGACAUGCUGUGCAUCCAUUCCAGAAGCAACGCAAAGUCCUGCUACCGAAACGUGUAUUAUAGAACAGACUUGCCUGAUUACUUCCGAAGAGAGAGUAAAGCAUUCCAAGGUUUAUGUUAUUGUUGAUCAACCUAGUGUUGCUGAGAAGCGAAACCAGUUAAAAGAUUUAGAACAAAAAAGUAUGAGAAUUGAAGAGGCACCAGCGGUUCAGUUAAUUGACUUGAGUAGUAAUGAUGAUGACAAUGAUGAUACUGACAUUACAAUUAGGAAGGAGAAAUUUGAAGACCAAGACGCUUCCCUAUGGCUUUGUCUCGGCCCAAAUGAAGAAAGAAUGGGGCCACUCUCACUGCCAUUGUUGAAGCGUUGGAGCGAGAUUAGUUCGUUUGCUUUGAAAUUCAAGGUGUGGAAAACAGGUGAGAGAGAAGAAAAUGCAAUCUGGAUGAGCGAGGCUGUUAGACUGUCUUCACUGGAAAACUAGAAUUGUUUAUUUUCGUUGUACAUCCUUUACAAGAUUGGAAGCCUAGAGUUAUGUGAAUAUUGUUCUGCAGAAAAAUCCCAGAAUGUAGAAGAUAUAGGCAAAGCUAGCUGCUUCAUUUUGUUUUAUGUGGAAGCAGAAUAGGUUUAGUGAAAGAAUACAUCAUAGGAAAGCAAAUGUCUUUUUGAGCAGGAUAGCAAAUGUAUCUAUCAGAUGUCAACUGUCAGAUGUCGAUGUUUUGAUGUCUCAAAAUGUUCAGGUUUGUGAGGAGAAAAGCUAUUUUCUUAGUUAGUGCUUAAUUUCAAAACUCAGAUUUCUUGAUC